AUGAUUUCUUUUAUGGUAAUGUCAAAUAUUUUAUCUGAACAAAUGAAGCAAUAAUAUAAAAGCAAAUCUGUGUUUUGGAGAUAAGAAAAAGAAAAACUACUUUAAACUUUAUAACCAAAACAAAAUAACUAAUCAUAAUAAAGAUCAAGAACAAGUUAAAGAAAGAGUAAGUAUCGUUAUCUAGUUGAAUCAUUAUAUCAUUAAGAUACUCCUGAAAAUAACAAAUCUAUUUACAAUUAAUUCUAAUAAUAAAUUAGUUCUCAAUUUCAACAGCAAUAAUUAUAAAGUUCUUCAAAAAAAAAAAAAAAUGAUGAACUUAGCUUUUCAACAAUUAUGAAUAAAUAUUACAAAUAAUAAGAAGGAUCUAAUACUAAAUAACAUAUUUAUGACCCUUUUGCUGAAUAAAUAAUUGAAUCUUUUUAAGAAUUGAAAAAAAAGAAAUCAAUCAAAAUAAAAGAAUUAGAAGAGUGUACAUCUGAUACUCAAUAGAUAUGUAAUAGUGCACGUAAAAUAAAUAUUAUAAAUAAAAUCAAUCAAAUUAGAGAAUUUAUUGAUCAAUAAUUAAGUACAAAUUAGGAAGAACAUAAUAAAGAAAUAUAAUAAGAUAACUAUAAAUCCUAAUAUGCUGAUAUUAGUGCUAAUAUUUUUAGAAAUAAAUCAGUUGAAUCUAAACAAUUUUUAGAUUAAAGUUAUAGAAACUCAAUACCAAAAAUUAAUGAAGACACACAUAAAAGAAGAUCUUCAAAAAGCUGUACUAGAUUAGAUGUUGGCAUUUAAGUUACAUUAGUAGAUGAAAUUGAAACUAAAUAACAAUUAUAAAUUCUACAUUAAAAUCAGUAAAAUCUUCUUGUCAAUAACAAAAAUUCUAAUCAAGUUAUUUAAGAAUUUAAUAUAUCUUUAUAAAAUGAAGUGAAAGAUUAGAUAUAAUAAGCAUUUCCAAUAUAAAAUAAAUAAUCAUCUAGCAUUUCUGAAUAACAACUAUCUUAAUUGAAAAAAUAUCAUUUUGAUCAAAAUUCAGAAAGAAGUAGUAGAAGAAGUCAAUUUUAAGAGAGUAACAGAUCAUUCAUUAACAAUGAAGAAAGAUAAAAUUUGGAUAUUAAAGAAUCUGAUACCAAUAAGAUUGAAACAAAUUUAUAAUUUGAAGAAAAUAUCAAAUUAAUACCAUAAAGUACUAAAAACUAAGAGGAUAAUUCAUAAUAAUAAGAGAGAUUAUCUAAUAAGUCUAAUAUUAAUUAUUAAAUUAAUAAUUAAGAGAAAUCUUCUAUAAAGUAAUAUUAAGAUAACGAAAUAAUGACAAAUUAAUAAAGUAUUAAUAAUUCUAAAUUUAACCUAAAGAAUAAGGAAAAUUAUGAAGAACAUAAUUUUGUUGCCAAUACUUAAACAAAAUUAGAAUAAGAGGAUACAAAAUUUAAAGAUAUUUAAACAAUUAAGUAAAGAAAUGUUAUAUAAAUUCCUAAAAUGAUAAAUAGUUUGAAUUUCUAAAAAUUAGAUACAAAUAAUGAUUUUUUGGCAUAGUUAACUUCAGUUGAUACAAAUCGAUUUAAAUAAGAUCUAUAAUAAAUUUUGGAAGAGGAAGAUUCUACUAAUGUAUUAAAGAAUAAAGAAAAAUAAUAAUAAUUAGAUAUACCUUUAACUAGUAAUCGAUCAUCAUUAUCUUUUACUGAUCCUAUGAUCGUUUAAUAAACAAAUUAACAUUAAUUUGUAGAUGAAUCAGAUGUUGCAUAAACAGAUUAAAGAAUUAUUGAUAAUGCUACUGUAUUUACAGAUGGUAAUUUGUAAUAUUCUGAAGACACUCCAAAAUUAAGAGUAACAACUUAAUUGAGUAAUAAUAAUUUAGAUGAAGGUAAAUAUUAAGGAAAUUCACAGUUAAUAAGUGAAAAAUAAUAAUAGAUUAUUAAACCAGAAUCAUAAUAUUAAUAAUAAUUAUUAUCAAAUGAGUUAAAUUGUAUGAAUUCUUAUUCUUUUGAGUAAUGGCUUUAAUAAACAGAAAAUAAUAAGAAAAUAUGUAAUUAAAAUGUUUAUUCUUAAAACUUUUAAAAAUAAAAAUGUGAUCAUAGUACUUAAAUUAAUAAAAUUGAUUCAGAUUCAGAUGAAGAAAUUUAGUUUAUAAAAUAAAAAUAAUAAAAAUUUUAAUUAAAUUAAGGUGUUACUCAAUUUGUAAGAAAUAUUUCAUCAAUUUUAAAAAUUAGAAAAAUUAAAUCAUUUUAUGAUAUUCGUGAAUUUUCAAUCUAAGAAACAUAAAAACACUAACAAUAAUUAUAAUAAUCAUAAUAAUAAUCUUAAUAAUCAACAUAAUAAUAAUUUUAUCAUUCUCCAUUUGAAUCACAAUAUUCAUCUUAGAGUUCUUGUAAUACUCAUUCUAUAUAAACAUUAUAAAAAUAAUAAUUAAAUCAAUCAUAAUAAUCUGCAUAAUAUUAAUUAGACUUAAGAUCUUUAAACUAAACUUCAAGAGAACAAGCAGCAUGUGAGAAAAUUUCAUGCUUACUUAAGAUAAUCAAAGAAGAAACUGGAUCUGAUACUUUAAGAUUGAUCCAAAAUAAAUAAACAUAACCUUCUAAAAGUAAAAGAAGAGAGAAAGUAUCAGAACCAUCUAAUUUUUCAUAAAAAUGCGAUAAAUAAACUAAAAAUAUACCUACAUCACCAAAAUAUAAUUCAGUAUCAAUCCCUGUUGAAUAAAUAAAUGAUAGAAUCAAAGUAAACUUAAUUUAAGAUUUAGAAUUAGAGUCUCCAAAAUAAAAACAUACAGAACAUGUAGAAUUAAAUGAUAAUAGUAAAAAUAUUAAAUAAUUUUUAGUUCCAAUAGCAGAGCCAAUGGAAUUUUAGGAUGUUUUAGUUAUUGAAAAAUAAAAAAGAGAAAUUAAAGAAAAUAAUUAAUCUAAUAAUUGUAGCAAUAUUUUGAGUAAUCAAUGUGGGGAAUAGAAAAACUUUUAUGUUUUAUCAAAUCAUAUAGCUAAUUAAAAAGCAAAAAUUGCAAGGAAAUUUUAAUAGAUUCAUUAUAAAUCAGUUGGUUAAUCAACUUCUAGGAAAGAAAAUAUAUAAUUUUGA